AUGAAGGCAACAGUCCUCCUGGCAUCCGGCCUCCCGGCCCUCGCAGCCUCGAAAAUCAUAGACUUCACCCCACGCCUCAUAUCCUACAACAUCCGCUGGGCCGUCCCCAUCGUCCUCCCCCCCGAACCCGCCUGGUCCGACCGCCUCCCCUCCCUGGCAUCCCAGCUCUUCCACGAGACCGCCGGCCGCCCGACGUCCCUCAUCUGCCUGCAGGAAGUCCUCGCGACGCAGCUCGCCGACAUCAAAUCCGCCCUCGGCACCCCGACCUGGUCCUCCGUCGGCGUCGGCCGCGACGACGGCGCCGAGGGCGGCGAGUUCUCGCCGAUUCUCUUCCGGCCCGACGCCUACGAGCUUCUCAACAGCUCGACGCGCUGGCUGUCGCCGACGCCCGAAGAGCCGGGCAGCAAGGGGUGGGACGCGGCGCUGCCGCGCGUCGUGACGACGGCGACGCUGCGGGACCGCCGGAGCGGCGCACCGCUGACGUACAUGUGCACGCACUUUGACCACAUUGGCCAGACGGCGCGCGUCGAGUCAGCGAAGCUGCUCGUGCGGUUCGCGGAGGAGGCUGCGGUUGUGGUGGAUGGCGAGGAGACGCCUGUUUUCCUGGGUGGCGACUUGAACAUCACGCCCGAGAACCCUGCAUAUUUGGAAAUGGUUGCUGAGGGGAAUUAUCACGAUGCGAAGGAUGUUGUGGAUCCGAGACGAAUCCAUGGACAUCUCAACACUUUUACAGGGUUUUCGGAUGACCGAAGUGGUUGGUCGCGCAUUGAUCAUGUGUUUGUCUGGAGGCCUGAAGUCCAGGGCAUGGCGCUUCUCAACUACGGCGUCUUGGAGAACAAGUUUGAUGACAACCUUUGGAUAUCGGAUCAUCGUCCCGUCAUUGUCGAUGUCAACUUUGCAAUCAACAAAACGUGUGUGGAACGCAGCUAG